CUUACUUCAUUCCGUGAAGCAUGGUGCGUGUCAUUCUACUGCUGUAAAUAAAAUAAUUUAAUAUUUUAUAUCAGUCUGAAGAUAUUAAAAAUGUGAAUAAAUAUACAGCUAAAUUCUUUAUUAUUGUUAAGGCUACAAGCUUAUUAUUGCAUAUAGGCUAUUGUUGAUUGUUGUGUGAGCAGUGAAUGUAUCGAAUAUACGCCAAUACAGUCAUUUAAUUAGGGAGAAUUUAAAUUAAAAUGUCAACAAGGAGAGCAAGAAUCAAAGCGGUUACAGCAUUACCACCAAGAAGAAAAAAUGCAGCCACAGCCGAAAGUACUAAACCUCCUAAAAAUGAUAGUCCAAAACAAUCCACUCUCACAAGCGAUCGGGAAGAAAACGUUCAGCUCCCUGAAAGUGUCGAACCUACUCUAACCACGGGCAAUGAUAAUAAUUCCACUCCAAAAACUGUACAUUCCGAAAAUGUAAAUACAAAGGAGAAAGAAACACAACCAGUUACUCCAUCAACAUCCACGACACGCAAUGUUUUUGCCUCUCCAAUUAUUAGACACAGUCCGAAAAGGGCUUUUGCUUCACCUUUAAUUCGCAAUAGUCCGAAGAGACCUUUCACUUCACCAAAUAGAGUAGUUCUUCAGAAUCCUUCAAAAGGCAUAGAUACUGCAAAAACGAAAACUCCUCUUCAUCAAGCCACUCCUACACGUCAUGAACUGACAGAAAAUACAGAAUUGAGAGUGGCAAGUAAUUCUAUAAGUAAAAUAGAACAAAACAAUGUUGGAAGCAAAGCAAACACAGAUGAUUAUAAUGUACCAAGUGUACCCGAAAGUAUCACAGAAGAUGCAAUGGAUGGAAUUGUACCGUUACAGCCUGCUCGUAACACACCAAAACCACUAGAAAAAUUAAAAAAUGAAAUCAUUUCUGAAAAUGCAGAAGUUAUUUUUGAUCCUAUUGUUCCAUUGCCUUCUCCAAGUAAAGUGCGCCCAAAACUCCGGCCUGUACCACGCUUAGGACCAAGAAGAAAUAGUAUUCAGGGUAGUGCUAGUGAAUCAGAAGAUGAAAGUCGCCGAAGUCUUCUAAGUGGUGGUACUACUACACCAGCCCCUGCAAGACAGAGACACGACCCCCACACACCCCAUCUUACUCUGCAGGGUCUACUGAAUAGGGAAGUGAGUCGAAUAAGGAAUGAUUCAGUGAGUUCAAAUAUGAGUCAAGCCACAACACAGCCAGCACCAGCAUCUCCACUCAAAGAAAAAAUACAGAAGUCUCGACGAAUAGAGGCUAGUAGGCGACUAAUGGCGAUGAGACGACGACGUGAGGCAGUCAAACGCGAAGCGUUGACCAUGUAUGAUCUCAUAUUCUACAACCCUACCACAAACCCCAUUGUGCCAGAUCAAGAUGAACUUAAAGCUAAAGAGGAGAGUAUUAAAGACUUGGAGAAACAGAAAAAAGAGAUGAAAGAAGAAGACGCAGACGACCCUCCAGAAAGCGAUGCCGCGCCUGUUCCACAACUUAAACUUGGCCCAAAUGGGGAAAUCGUCCUUGAUGAAUCUAGUUUGGUGAUAAAGCAAACGCAAACGCAGAAGGUGUCGUCGGUGGUGCGCGAGGGCGGGUGGCAGGCGGGGCGCGGGCAGUACAAGCGCAGCGCGCGCUCCGCCGACUGGAGCGCGCCGGAGACCGUGCGCUUCUACCGCGCGCUCGCCGCCAUCGGCACCGACUUCACGCUCAUGGCGCCGCUGUUCCCGGACCGCACGCGGCGCGAGCUCAAGCUGAAGUUUAAAAAAGAAGAGAAAGUAAAUGGCGCACAAGUUGAUAAGGCUCUACGAUCAAGAAUAGAGUGGGACGCCAUUUCACUCAAAGACGAAUUCACAGAAGAAAGAGAAGUGGAAAAACGUAGGGCGCAAGAAGAGAAGGACAAGUUUAUGCGACAGAAGAAAGAAGAAAAAGAUCGGUUACGAGCUGCUAAAGAGAUUGGACAUAGAAGAAGUCGAGGUUUAAAAGCGUUAGAAGUGUCUGUAAAAGCUAACAGUAGCCGACACAAAACAGAUGUCGCAACUGCAGAUGAUUUACUAGAACGUGCGAGGCAAACGCAACCCCUGAAGCGUACAAUACCAAAAUCUCCAAUACCAAUACCGCCUCCAAAUAUUGCAACGCCACCAACACCGACUCUCACUACACUAGCAAUGAUAAACAAGAGACAAAAAACUAAAGACACUCCAAGCCCUGCUAACGCGGCAACUUCAAGAACACCUAAUGUGAAUAAAACGCCCGAAGUAGUAACUUCCCUUAACAACAUUCCUUCAAACAUCGAGACGGGAUCACUUAUAGUUUUAACGGUGAACAAUCCAAAAUCACCUGGGAAGAAGAUGCUUCAAACAUACAUAGCUCACGAACCAGGAAAACUGACUCAAGUGGCUUUACCUACAGUGCUGUUGAAUUCCGUAGUUGGAUAUAUGAAGAAGGGCACACCGAAGAGUACUGUGUCCAAUAGUUCUUCACCUCUCAUGUCUCCGAAUAGCAAUAGUGAUAGCCGGACUAGUACCCCCAGUGCCAAGUGUUCAGAUUCAACAAAACGAUCACGGAAUAGUUCCUUUUCCAUCACACAGCUUUAAUAUAUUAAUUGUGUUGUAGCUUAGUAGUGGUGUAGACUAACUUGGAAACAAAUGUAUGUUAAUUAUUAAUUUUUAAACAGCAUAGUAAGUGUGAGUAAUAUGGGAAAUUAAAAUAUUUUUUUUAGAUGCUAUCAUUGCCUCAACUGAAUUUUAUACACCACUACUGAUGAAACCAAACAUUAAUUCAAAACAUACAAGUACAUAGUGAACUAAACACAACGUUAGCGCAAACCAGUAGCGAACAGCGCCUAGUUUGAGCUAAGGAAAUAUAUACGAGAUUGAAUUGAAUAAUACAAAUACUUGAUUUUCCGAAAUAUAAAUGACACAGAAAAUUUUACAAACCAUCCAUUUGUAUAUAAUUCAAUUGUCAUAUACAAAUUAAGAUGAUCAUACAUGAAUUCAAAUGUAAUAAAGUUAACAAAUUUUUGUAAGUGUUGCAUAAACUUAGUAAGAAGAUCUAAUUACGUGGACGAAAUAGCGACAUCAUAUAUAGACUAUUUGGUGCAUCAAUAAUAGAAAAAUGUAUCUUUAUAUUCUAUAGUUGUAAAUAUUGCACCUCGUGUCGAAUUAAGCAUGAUACAACCAAUAUACACUGUGCCAAUUACAGUUUUGAAAAUCGCUAGCUUUCUACGAAUAUCUUUGAAAACAAUUUUUUCCAUCAUGUUUAUAAUACAACUAUUGUAUAUUUUAAUAUUGAUUGAAUAUUUUGUGUACAAUAUAGGUAUGCUUAAUUUAAAUUAAAUUUUGAGAUGUUCAUAUAAAAUAUCAAAUUACCCUUAUUGUUUAAAAAUCUAAGUUCAGAUCAACAAAGCAAAAAUUCAUAAUGCAUCUGAUUUUUACUUACAUAUUUAUAAUUAUCCCAAAUAACAUUGCUAUUUGCUUGAAAAUAAUAGAAAAUUAUUGUAACUACAGGCACAGUUAAUACAUUACAGUAAGAUUGUAACCUUAACCAUCGCAGGAUCUUCAUAUAGAUGAGCUAAGUUUAAAUGUGUGAAGUGUAAUAAUAUAAUCUUCACGUCUGUCACGUUAUGUUUUAUUUCCAAACGCAAUAAUAUAUAUCCCAGGAUUACGACAAAUUUUAUUAUCGUCAUUGGGAUUAGUUAAUGUUUCAUUUAACUUGUUAUUUUAUGUGUUAACAAUACACACGUGUUUACUCCGACUGUAAAUAAAUAUUUAUGAUUAUAUCCAAUAAACGUGUUUUAGUUA